AUGAUCAGCUGGCUUGAUCCUUCACAUCAAACUCGGAAACUUACUGUUUUCUGUGUUUUGCAGAUAAGAAGGGAAAAGCUCUGUCAUGUGAGAGAAGAAAUUGAAUUCAAGGGGGUCUGUUUUAUGUACCCAUCAAGACCAGAUACGCCCAUAUUGCAAGGCUUGGAUCUUAAAAUUCCAGCCGGGAAAACUGUCGGUCUUGUUGGGGAGGAAGCAUCGACAGAGGAUGUAGAGAAAGCAACCAAGGCUGCAAAUGCACAUGAUUUCAUUAGGAAGUUACCAGAUGCAUGUGAAACUCAAGUUGGGCAAUUUGGAGUUCAGUUAUCAGGAGGACAAAAACAACGAAUAGCCAUAGCAGUGGCUUUGAUAAGAGAUCCAAAAAUCUUGCUUCUUGACGAAGCUACAAGUUCACACAACAAGCUUAUGCAACUGAAUGAUGGAGAGUACUUCAAAAUGGUUCAGUUGCAACAAUCUGCAGCUGAAAAUGGUACUACAAGUAAUUCUAACCAUCAGAUUGAAGGAAAAAACCACCACAAGAUGAGUAUCCCUCCAACCCCAUUGAGUGUGAGGUCAACUGCACAAAACACUCCAGCUUUAUACCCAUUUAUCCCAGCAUUUUCAAGGAGAACACCCUACUCCUACUCAGCUCCGUACUCAAUUCAAUACGAGGGCACAUACGAUAGUGAUGAUGAAGAUUUUAAUGAUCCAUCUCAUCCUGCUCCAUCACAGUGGCGUUUACUGAGCAUGAACACACCUGAAUGGGGAAAGAGCUUUGUUAGCCUUGGAGUUUUCAACUUCUUCACAACCUUCUGCAGCACUACAAUUUUGCUAUCUGGGAAGAAAAGUCAACUAAAAGAUUACGGGAGAUGCUGCUGGAAAAACAUGAUUUUUGAGAUUGGUUGGUUUGAUGAAAGUGAAAACACAUGCAGCAAUAUGUGCACGAAUAUCAACAGAAGCCAACAUGGUUCGCUCACUUGUUGGAGAUUGCUUGUCACUGUUAACUCAAGCAAUUUUUGGAGCUGUCUUUGCCUCCACUCUAGGACUCGUGUUAACAUGGCGGCUAGUCAGUGUGAUGAUGGCAGCUCAGCCCUUACUCAUUGGAAACUUUUAUUCAAGGAGUACACUGAUGAAGACAGCUUCUACAGCAUAAGUUACUGGUAUGGAGGGAAGUUAUUGUCACAAUGUUUAAUAUCUCCGGAGCAACUUUUCCAAGCCUUUCUGGCACUUCUAUUCAUUGCAUAUACCAUUGCAGAAGCCGGAAGCAUGACAAAAGAUUUGUCAAGAGGAAGUAAUGCUGUUCGUUCAGUUUUUGCAAUCCUUGACAGAAAGAGUGAGAUUGAUCCAGAGAACUCAUGGCAAAUUGAUGCAAUGAAGAAUGAUAUUAAGGGCCUUGUGGAGCUAAGAAAUGUGUUCAUUGCUUUUCCAUCAAGACCUGACCAGGAAUCAGCAAUUAUUGGACUCAUUGAAAGAUUUUACGAUCCAAUUAAGGGAUCAGUGUUUAUUGAUGAUAAGGACAUAAAGGAGUAUAAUUUGAGAACCUUGAGUUCACACAUUGUGUUAGUCGGUCAGGAGCCAACGCUCUUUGCAGAAGCCAUAAAUGAGAACAUUGCCUUUGGGAAACAGAAUGCCACAGAAUCUGAAAUACGAAAUGCUGCAAUACUCGCUAAUACACAUGAAUUUAUAAGUGGAAUGAAAGAUGGAUAA